AAGCCGCGGCUGUCGCUGCUGGUACCUGUUGGCUGUGACCGCGCGUCCUCGCCUCCGUGGAGCACGGGGGUGGCGGCGGGACGGCCCGGGUGGGGCUUCUUGCCUAGAAGCCGCCGCCGUAGGUGCCUGGCGGAGUCGCCGUGAAACGGGGAAGUGACGGGGCGCGGCCACGGAGCGAGCGGAGCCCGUCAGCCUCGGCUUCUUUAUGUGACAAGACGGUCUUUUCGUGGCGCGGAGCUCUGCGUGGAAAUUCUCUGUGAAACUAGAUGGAAGGAUUUUUGCUGGGAGAAGUAAGACAAGAGGAAACCUUUAGCAUCAGUGACUCACAAAUCAGCAACACAGAAUUUCUGCAAGUCAUUGAAAUCCAUAACCAUCAGCCUUGCUCAAAACUUUUUAGUUUUUAUGACUAUGCAAGCAAAGUGAACGAAGAGAGUUUGGACAGGAUUCUCAAAGAUCGGAGAAAGAAAGUCAUCGGGUGGUACAGGUUCCGGCGAAACACACAGCAGCAGAUGUCCUACAGAGAGCAGGUCCUCCAUAAGCAGCUGACCCGUGUCCUGGGGGUGCCUGACCUUGUCUUCCUCCUCUUCAGCUUCAUCUCCACCGCCAACAGCUCCACGCACGCUUUAGAGUAUGUCCUCUUCAGACCGAAUCGGAGGUAUAAUCAGAGGAUAUCCCUCGCUAUUCCCAACCUGGGCAACACCAGCCAGCAGGAGUAUAAAGUGUCUUCAGUGCCAAACACUUCUCAGAGUUAUGCCAAAGUUAUUAAAGAGCACGGGACUGACUUCUUCGACAAGGAUGGAGUAAUGAAAGACAUCAGGGCGAUCUAUCAGGUUUAUAAUGCACUUCAGGAGAAAGUGCAGGCAGUGUGUGCAGACGUGGAGAAGAGCGAGCGCGUUGUUGAGUCUUGUGAGGCGGAAGUGAACAAACUGCGAAGACAAGUCACUCAGAGGAGAAACGAGAGGGAGCAAGAAAGAAGGUUGCAGCAGGCGAUGGUAAGCAGACAGGUGCCAUCUGAAAGUCUGGAGCCGGCGCUCAGCCCUCGGACGCCCUAUUCUGGGUUUGCCGCUGAAGGUAGAAGUUCACUGGGAGAUGCAGAGGCCUCUGAUCCCCCUCCCCCUUAUUCUGAUUUCCACCCAAACAAUCAAGAAAGUACUCUGAGCCAUUCUCGCAUGGAAACAAGUGUCUUUAUGCCUCGACCGCAAGCCGUGGGCUCUUCCAGUUACGCCUCUAGCAGUGCCGGACUGAAGUACCCUGGAAGUGGAGCAGACCUUCCUCCCUCCCAGAGAGCAGCUGGAGACAGUGUGGAGGAGUCAGAUGACAGCGAGUGUGAGAAUCUGAUGGACCCCACACAGCCCUCUCACAGCGAACACUCACAGUCCAGGGAUCCCCGGCCCCUGACACACCCUGACGGGGGCUCCCGGAACACGCAGACCUCUCAGAUUUAAUGGAAUGAAAGAGCUCUCCACUUAGCACUGUUUUCUUAAUCACAUAUUGAGAGAUUGUUUUGAGGACUCAGUCUGGAGGGAGAACUACUUUCUUAGAGUCCUGGGCUCCCAAGGGAGUCCUGGGCACAGAACUGGCAGGGGCCUCGCAUCCACAGGGCCUCGCCCACAGGUGCCGUGGGCAGGUGUCAAGACAGAAUCAUUAAGAUAAUCAAAUUGUCCUAAUUCUGGUGCGAUUCAUGGAUAUACUGGUAAAUUUAGGCAAAAAGAAACUUAUCAGCAUAGUUUCUGUUCUUUAAAUGAAUUGGAAAUCAGAGACUAAGCACAAUUAGUCUAUAAUGUUCUGUAAAUCAAAGCUUACCUCUUGCACUAUCAUGCCUUGAAAUUUACUUUCUCAAAGGGAAGCGAGUUCAGCAGCAGCCUUCAGAGAACCUUCUUUCUAUGACGAGCCAAACUCAUCUUUGCCAGGAAAGAAAUUUUGAUAAUUCCAAGCAGCCUGAUUGGAACAAAUCGGAUGUACCUUCUCUUGUCUGCAUGACUUUGUAAGAUUGAAAGAGAGGGCUUUGUUUAACUUUUUCUACUAGCCUGAUACGUAUUGUCACUUAAAAUGGUUGCCUUUAAAAAAUGUAGAAAUACUAAUUACCAGUAAGUAAUCACCCAAAUAAGUGUGUCAUAAAAUAAACUACUUGCUUUUCUCUUGUGGAAUCACAGUGACUGCUGUGUUGCACUAGCCACAUUGACGUCUCUGUUCUGGAGUCUGAAUAAAGGACACAGCAGUGGGCCGAGGAAGGAGUCUGUUGCAGGCCCGAGUUUCAUGGCCACAGACUCUGGACACAGUACACUCAGCCAUGUCACACAGAAGGGACGUGACUCACUUAGGUUGUCUGAUAAAUCCCAGAGCUAGUUUCAUUUGUGAAGGAACAACAUUCAAUGAGCUGUUUGAGAACCUUGGUGAAUAAAGAUUUAUUUUAAGUCUGAAUAACCAUCCUUUUUUUUUCAGCUGCCAUCCUGAAGAUGAUUGUGGAAGGUGUAGACUUCCUUUUGGGAUGCACCUAUGUUUUUAUUUAAUUUCUGCUUGUUUUCUACUUUUGCCCAGAAUGUGUGAAACCACUAAAGACAUUCAUAAGCAUUUCAGGCUCCUGGUCUGGGAUUGACAAGACCCACCGUUGAUGACGAGGUCAGCCCAGGAACUUGACGCUCUGGGGCAGAACUGCCCUUCCUUUGGACCAGUCAGGACCUGGGAGAGUAAGGAAGGGGUCAGAGAGGCUUAAAGUCCAGGUGUUGACAAGUAGUCUCGUGUAGGAGUGAUGCUGACUCGGUGAGCUCCAGUUCCAGUGCUGAGUUAGACAGUGUGGACUGAAAGAUGCUGAAACCCCCUUCUCCCGGUGUCCCUUCUUGGUCUGUGUUACACUGCCUCCUGGUUUUGUGGCCUCCACCCGCUGCCCUUUGGUUUGAAAUGUCACAGGUGUAUCUGGUUUUAUCAGCUCCCUACCAGCGGCAUCAGCGGCGUUGAGAAUUUAAUUUAAUUUUUUAAGUGCCAUUGCCACCUCUGUUCAUGUUUUGACAUCCAGGAAUAUGUUUUUAUUUUAUGCCAUACUGAAAACCUACAGUGUGUAUCUGACAAAGCAGUUAAAUGUGACAAUAAAAGCUUAUUUAAUCAUGGCA